AUGACCUCUACAUCCGCAAACGUAAACAAUAAUCCUACUCCUGCCCAGGAAGAAUUUCAAGAUUUCCUCGAAAAGAACACCGAUCACGGCUCACGUGUACACCCUGAAGAUCGUGACGACGCUCGGAGAGAGGGCGAGAAUUCUGACGAAGACGAAGACGAAGAAGACCGUUAUCGCAACGCACAGAUAGAAGCUGCCAUGCGCGCCCCUAGUUUAACAGGCGAUGUAAAGCUGCCACCGGCAAGCUUCAAUUCGGGCCAUAGUACUGGUGUGAAGGGCGUCAUUGCCGAUGCCCGUGCCUAUGAACAAGCCCGUCAGAACAAGUGGCGAAGCAGAGUUCGUGCUGCUCGCCAAUCAGUAUUUGGAAAGGGAGAAGGGGCUCGUUCCACUGGCUCACAUAGCGGUGACAGCGAAGAUGAUGAAGACGAGGAUAGCUUUCUACAACAAUGGCGGGAGACGCGGAGACAGGAGCUCGAGAAGGAGGCUACAAAUGGCAUUCGCACCCGAAGAACAAGCCCAAGCCUGAGAAUGUUCGGUCGCUUUGAUAGUGUCGACGCACUAGGAUACUUGGAUGCUAUCGAGAGGGUGGGAAGAGAUACUGUUGUGGUAGUAUUCGUUUACGAUCACGAGUGUCAAGUAUCAGGUCUCAUUGAGUCAGCACUACGAUCACUAGUCACUUCUCAUCCCGAAAUACAUUUUGUCAAGGUCCACUACGAAGACAUAGAAUUUGACAAUGCCGCCGUACCCACAGUCCUUGCAUACCGGAACCAAGGCGACCUGUUUGCCAACCUGACGGGCAUUAUCGACAUGAUCCCUGACGAUGAGGACUUUGAUAGUGACUCGUUAAAGAGGAUUUUCAAGAAGCAUAGCAUCAUAUAA